CCGAAUCCUUCAUUCAUCCCAAAUCCAUCAUUCCAUCAUUCCAUCAUUCCAUCAUUCUAUACUACUAUAUAGAGAGAAGAGAUUCAAGGAGGAAAGGAAAGGAAAGAAAAGAAUGGCCGUCCAAGCUCAAUACCCAUCAAAUGUUCUUCUGUUCAACAGAGCUGUUGAAGAAGGCAAAAGCCCAGUUGCCAACGAUUACUCGUUGCAACCUCAACCUCCUGGCGGAGGCGGAGGAGGAGUUGGAGGAGGAGGAGGAAUAUCUUUUUUUGAUCAAACAAACAUGUCAUUCAAUCAUGGAGUUGGGAUCAAUAAUUCGCGAAAAAGAGGAAGAGAGGUAGGUGCAACGACAACGGCAACAGGAGGAGGAGCAGGGACAGGAGGGGUGGCAGCUGCCAUGAAUAGACCAUUGAUUUCAAUGGCGCCACAUCCUCAACUGAUGGACCUCACUCAGCUCCAUUCCGCCACCCAGAGAAAUGGCGUCUCCAUUGGCCUUGGCUUAGCUUUUGGCGAACAACCACCACCAUUGUCUCAGCAACAACACUCGAUUUCCCCUCAAUCAUCAGCUCAGUCAUCAGUUCUAUUAUCCAUCUUGUCUGAUGAUUUAGCCUCCCAUAUUAAACAACAGCGCGACGAAAUCGAACACUUCCUCCUUGCCCAGGGGGAGCAAUUGAGACGAACUUUAGCGGAGAAAAGGCAAAGGCACUAUCGUUCCCUGUUGGGGGCGGCGGAGGAGUCGGUAGCGAGGAGGCUGAGGGAGAAGGAAGCGGAAGUUGAGAAAGCGGCGAGAAGAAAUGCCGAGCUGGAGGCGAAGGCAGCUCAGCUGAGUUUGGAGGCUCAGGCUUGGCAGCAAAGGGCCAAGAUGCAAGAGCACAUGGCGGCGAAUCUGCAGGCACAGCUGGAACGGGCGAUUAUUACUAGCGGUGGUGGCGGUGGAUAUAAUGGGGCGGCACAACAGGUGCAAGAGAGGGAUGAAUGGGGCGGCGGAGGGGGAGGGAAUAAUAGUGCGGCGGGGACUGUGGGUGGCGAAGCGGAGGAUGCUGAGUCGGCGUACAUUGACCCGGACCGAGUGGUGGAAAGGGCUGGGCCGUCGUGUAAAGCGUGUCGCAAGAGGGUGGCGGCGAUGGUGGUGUUGCCGUGUCGGCACCUGUCGCUUUGUACAGAAUGCGACGCCGUUGCACGAGCUUGCCCAGUUUGCUUCGCUGCGAGAAGUUCAAGUCUUGAGGUCUUCCUUUCCUAGAACCCAGCCCAACAAUCGCACCGGCACAAAUCAAACGCAAGCCCAAUGUAGGCCCACCUGUUUGGAGUGGGGCCCACGUGUGACUGUUAGAGCAUUAACAGGUUGGGGAAAACCAAAAAAAAAAAAAAAAGAAAGAAAGAAAAGAAAAGAGAGAAUAUGAACAGGAAUCAAGUAUAAUAUUAAGUAUAAUAAGUAUAUAUUAUUAAGUUCUUCUCCCCAUUUCCCCCCCCCCCUUUUUUUUUAGUUUAAACUUUAUACCCACCUCCCAAGACCAUAUUCUAUUUUAAUUUUUUUUUGUUGCCCCAAAAUGUUUUGAUGGUGGAAUGUAAAUGGCCACAUGGAAGUGGCAGUUCUUUUUUUCUUAUUUUUAAUCCGAAACCAAAAUCAUACAUAAAUUCUUUGAUUUAAUUAUAUUUGUGUGGUUGCUUUAGUUA